UAUCCAGAGAGGCGCUUACACCUGCAGCCCAGACGAGAUGGAACCUGUCCCCCUGAUGCUACUACUGCUUUUCACAACCGUUCUGGGGAAGUCCCAUGUGCAUCGGAGGGGACUCUUGGAGCUGGCGGGAGCCGUCAAUUGUGCUACAAGCCGCUCAGCACUGGCUUACAUGAGCUAUGGCUGCUACUGUGGCAUUGGAGGAACUGGUUGGCCUCGGGACAAAACUGACUGGUGCUGUCAAAAACAUGACUGCUGUUACAGCGAGGUUGAGGAAGCUGGUUGUAGUCCCAAGAUGGAACGCUAUUAUUGGGAAUGCAGAGACCAGAGGGUAGAAUGUGGUGCCAACCUGAACAAGUGCCAAGAGAUGAUGUGCAAAUGUGACAAGGAAUUUGCCCACUGUUUGGCCACAGCAGAAUAUAAUGCAAAGUACAUUUUCUUCCUCCAUCUCCAUUGUGGAGAUAAGAACCCGAAGUGUGACUGACACAACCUGGAAAUUUUCUUUUUGACUGCGGGUAUAUAAAAAUAAUUUUCCCUAAGCAAAAAACAGUAUCAGUGCUCCAGUAAGGGCAAAAUAAAGGUUCUUACCUACUUCUCCCUUAUAGGCCUAAGGCAUGGACCACAUGCUUCAUCUCCACUGAAACUUAGCUGGCAGCCAUUUCCUUACUUUCAAUCCAUGGACAAAUCCUAGAAACCAAGUUCUACUGUGAAAAUGGGAGGUUAGGCAAAUUCUUCCAGUUUUACCUAUAUUUUAACUGUGGCCCUCUGGGGACAAUGCCAAACCAUCUAUGACCCUAAAGAUAGGGAUUUAAAUCAAAGGAGACAGGCAAAGGUGUAAACUUCUUAGGAGAAUGGAGAUCUAAUUAAAUAUAUGUCAAAAGACAUAUAUGGGUUCUGGUACCUCUUAUCUCACUGAGGUUUGGUGUCUUAUAAGAUGUAAGCUUAAUAAUCUCUUAAAUUUUGCUUUUACAAUGAUAAAUCGGCCUCAUCUCCCAAUAUUUUUUAUGGAUUUCUCUUACCUUUAGAAAUUUUAGCUAGUAAACAUGGUUCCCUGUUUACUCUAAGGCUCCUAGGUGGUAAGGUGGAUAGAGUGCUGGUCUUAGAAUCAGGAAGACCCGAGUUCAAA